AUGAAUAGUGAUACUUAUACAAAGCUUUUAAGAAGACAUGCAAUUCCUGCUAUAUGUCGAUUAGUUCCUAAUGGGCAAGGCAUCUUUCAACAAGAUAAUAUACCUGUUCACACAUGCAUUAAAGCUAAAAAUCAAGAAGUUAAAAGACGUUUGUAUAAUUUUCCAAACAACCCUUCAAGUAUUCAAGACUUGGAAGAAAAAGUUAAAGCUGCUUG